CUAUCUACUAUUCCUCCUUGUUAAAUUUAGUGAUGGUCUGUAAACUACUAGUCAGUAGGGAGGAGGAUACAGUGGAUGUGAAUGCUCAGGGUGGGAGUUAUCGCAAUGCACUACAAGCAGCUGCAUACGGGGGAAACGAAUCAGUUGUGCGGCUUCUCCUCGCACGCGGGGCGGAGGUGAAUGCUCAGGGCGGCGAGUUUGGCAAUGCACUACAAGCCGCUACGUAUGAGGGAAACGAAUCAGUUGUGCGGCUCCUCCUCGAGCGUGGGGCGGAGGUGAAUGUUCAGGGCGGUGAGUUUGGCAAUGCACUACAAGCCGCUACGUAUAAGGGAAACGAAUCGGUUGUGCGGCUCCUCCUC